AUGAAUCGCAUAUUUGGCUCUUCUUCAAGCAAGAAGCCAAAAUCGACACUCCAGGAUGCCAUCAAUGCAACAGAUGCGCGCGUUGCCUCCGUAGAAGUAAAGAUCAAGAAGUUGGACGGAGAGCUCUUCCGCUAUAAGGAGCAAAUGAGCAAAUUGCGCAAUGGACCUGGUAAAAAUGCGAUCCAACAGCGGGCUUUGAGAGUACUGCAGCAGAAGAAGCUGUAUGAAGGGCAACUAAACCAGCUCCAGCAGCAGACAUUCAAUAUGGAGUCCGCUGCCCUCACCACUGAUAACCUACGGAAUACGAUGGCCACCGUGGAUGCCAUGAAACUGGCGAACAAGGAGAUGCGUAAACAGUACGGAAAGAUUGAUAUCGACAAGAUUGAAAAUAUGCAUUAUGAUAUGGAAGAGCUCCUGGAACAGGCGAACGAGAUACAAGAGUCUCUGGGCCGGUCAUAUGCCGUUCCAGAUGAGAUUGACGAGGCAGAUCUUGAGGCUGAAUUGGAUGCCUUACAGCUUGAGGAAGAGGAAGAAGGUCCCUCAUAUCUUUCAGACCUCAAUAAGGUCCCAGACUUCGUUGAUGAGACUCCUGUAGAGAUAAGCGAGCCAACCACAAAGGAGGCCGUUAAGACAACAUGA